UGUGCUAAAAAAAUUCCGCAACUCUCUCUCUCUCUCUCUCUCUCUCUCUCCACACACACCUGAGCUCCGAGCAAUGGCGACCUUCGGGAGAAGAAAUGGAUUGACAAUAGCGACGCAGCUCAUGAAAACCCUAACCGGAUCCUCCAAUUCCAGAAGCCUCAGCGGCAUCGUUAGCAGCGAGGUCGUCACCUCUCACACCCAAAAAUGGAUGCAGGAUACAAGUAAAAAGUCUCCAAUGGAGUUGAUCAAUGAAGUUCCACCUAUCAAAGUAGAUCACAGGAUUGUUGCUUGUGAAGGAGAUAACGACCCGGCACUUGGGCAUCCAAUUGAGUUCAUAUGUCUCGACAAGGCCGAGCCAGCUGUGUGCAAGUAUUGCGGUCUCCGUUACGUGCAAGACCAUCAUCAUUAGACACUUCAAGUCAAUGGUUUUUAGUUCAUUGAAAGUUUAUGACCAAUUGUUUUAAGGUGUAAUUUCCGUAUUAACAUGGUGUUAUGGCAUUGUCUGCCAUAUGUUCAAAUAAGGAUUCAACCAAACACUCAAUGGAAUUUUCCCUGCUCAAAUGAAAUUGCAUUAUUUCAACCAA